AUGGCUCCCAAAGAACCGGUCGACGUACCCUCGUUUGCUAGCACGCAGUUAGCUCUGCUAGAGCGUGAGCUGCAAAGCGAGGUGCAAGAGACAAGCUCCCUCAUUACCAAUCACAGCCCCGCCAGUUUGCAACGUGCUGGCUUAGCCAUCACGAACCUCGUGGUCGCCUCGCAACGCACCGGUCUGGGCGGCCGAACAGUGCUGGAGCUGAGCCCGGAUAGUGCUACCUCCUCGACGGGCGAACUACCGGAGCACGGUCUGCGUACAGGUGACAUUGUGCUCGUCGCAGACCAACCGGCGGGCAGUGCCAAGAAGAAGGAAAUUCAGGAACUGGAGAAAAAAGGUGCGCGCGGUGUGGUGACCAAGGUGCAGAAGACGUCUGUCUUUGCGGCAUUGGAUGAGGGCAAAGAUGAAGUGGCGUUUGGGGGUAAAGUGUGGAUGGUCAAACUGGCAGACGAAGUGACAUAUCGACGGAUGAAUUUGGUCAUGGAGAAGCUGCAAAAGAUGAGCGAGGCGGAAUACUCGGGCUUCAUUCGGGUGCUGUUUGGUCUAUCCAGCCCAUCACCGGUCCCAAAAGACCUGUCAGCAGACGAAGAGCUGAGUAAGAUUGAGUGGUUUGAUCCGACUUUGAACGACUCGCAGAAAGAUGCUAUUCGCUUCGCCCUGGCAUCGCGUGAGAUUGCUCUGAUACACGGCCCCCCUGGAACCGGCAAGACGCACACACUGAUAGAGCUCAUUCUGCAGCUCAUCAAACUCAACAAGAGAGUAUUAGUGUGUGGUCCAUCCAACAUCUCUGUCGACAACAUUGUCGAAAGACUUUCUCCGCACAAAGUACCAAUUCUACGUCUAGGGCACCCCGCCAGAUUAUUACCCUCCGUUGUCAACCAUUCUCUUGACGCAUUGACACAAACGUCGGAAGCCGGGGCAAUAGUCAAAGACGUGCGUGCAGAAAUGGACGCCAAGCAGGCGUCUAUCAAAAAGACGAAAAGUGGCAAAGAGCGACGACAGAUAUACGGCGAUCUACGAGAGCUACGAAAAGAGUACAGAGAAAGAGAACGCAAGUGCGUUAGCCACUUGGUAGGAGGAAGCAAGGUCGUAUUGGCCACGCUUCAUGGAGCUGGUGGCCACCAGCUACGGGCCGAAAAGUUUGAUGUUGUCAUUAUUGACGAGGCAAGUCAAGCGCUCGAGGCACAAUGCUGGGUGCCGCUGCUGUCGGCCAACAAGGCAGUAUGUGCCGGCGAUCACCUGCAGCUGCCCCCAACUAUCAAAUCAAGCAACUCCGCGGUGUCGUUGAAGCUGAAGGACGGCACAGAAGCAAAGCCAAUCAAAGGACAGACACUUGAGACAACGCUUUUUGACAGACUGUUGGCACUUCACGGUCCGUCGAUCAAGCGGAUGCUCACAACCCAAUACCGAAUGCACGAGAAGAUUAUGCGAUUUCCUUCCGAUGAGCUGUAUGAGUCAAAACUUGUCGCUGCUGGUGCAGUGAACGCUAGGUUGCUCAAGGAAUUGGCGUACGAAGUGGAGGACAAUGAAGACACAAAUGAGCCGCUCAUAUUUAUCGAUACGCAAGGGGGGGAUUUUCCUGAACGCAGCGAGGAAGACGAUGCUGAUAACCCGAAGAAGGGCAAGGUAAGUCUACAUGGAGACAGUAAAAGCAACGAGAUGGAAGCAGCCUUGGUACAGCAACAUGUAUCAAGACUCGUGGAGGCCGGGCUGCGAGCAGAAGAUAUUGCGGUGGUGACGCCGUAUAAUGCGCAGCUGGCUGUUCUUGCGCCUUUAAAGGAAAAAUUUCCCGGCAUUGAACUCGGUAGUGUGGAUGGCUUUCAAGGUCGCGAAAAGGAAGCCAUCAUUGUCAGCCUCGUACGAAGCAAUUCCAAGGGCGAAGUGGGAUUCCUAGGCGAGAAGAGACGGUUGAAUGUGGCCAUGACUCGACCAAAGAGGUCCCUCACGGUGAUUGGGGAUUCAGAAACAGUAAAGAGGGGCAGUUCAUUCCUGAAGAGAUGGAUGAAUUUUUUGGAGGACAAUGCAGAUUUGCGGUACCCCGACAUGUCCUCGCUGAACAUGGGCGGCUAG